AUGGCUCGAGGAGCGCAGCGAGGCCGUGGCGGCGCGGGCUGGGUGCUGCGCGGCGCCGUGGCGGCCGUGGCGCUGCUAUUGGCCCUCAACGCGGCGGGUACAGUGUUCGUGCUGUGCCAGUGGCGCGAGCUGAGCGCGACGCUGCGGGCUCUGGAGGCGCAGCGGGGCCGGGAGCAGCGCGAGGACAGCGCCCUGCAAGCCUUUCUGGUCGAGCUAAGCCGCGUACCGCGCGAGGUCCCCGCACCUUCCCAGAGCCCCGCGAGCGCGGCGCGCAGCAAGCGCAGCCACCGCGGGGAGCCCGCACCGCACAUCCGCGCUGAAAGCCAGGACAUGCUGAUGAUGAUGACCUACUCCAUCUUGCCGGUCCGAGUGAUGGUAGACCUGUGCAACAGCACCAAGGGCAUCUGCCUGACAGGACCACCUGGCCCACCAGGACCUCCAGGAGCUGAUGGCAUACCAGGACACAAUGGAUCAGAUGGACAGCCUGGUCCCCAGGGUCCAAAAGGCGAAAAAGGAGCAAAUGGAAAAAGAGGGAAAAAAGGGCAACCAGGAGCCACAGGAAAUCCAGGGGGAAAAGGAGAAAAGGGAGACCCUGGUGAACUGGGCUUGACCGGAAACGAGGGCCCAUCAGGGCAGAAGGGUGAAAAGGGAGAGAAAGGGGAUGUGUCCAACGAUGUGCUCCUGGCAGGUGCAAAAGGUGACCAAGGCCCACCUGGCCCACCUGGACCCCAGGGCCCUCCAGGUCCUCGGGGACCACCUGGAAGCAGAAGACCCAAAGGCUCACGGCCGCCAAACAUGUUUAACGGCCAGUGCACAGGUGAGGCAUGUGCUAUACCAAAUGAUGAUACCUUGGUUGGAAAAGCUGAUGAGACUGUCAGUGAACACCAUUUCCCACAAGCAGAAUCUGUGAUCACUUCCAUUGGAAAUUCAACGCAAGUACUUAAAGUUAAGGAGACAUUUGGGACCUGGAUAAGAGAGUCUGCUAACAAGAGUGAUGAACGGAUUUGGGUGAUUAAACAUUUUUCAGGCAUCUUGGUGAAGGAAUUCAAAGACUGGCCCUCACUUUUGAAUAACAGUUACAUGUCCAUCCAACUCCCACAUUACUUCCAAGGCUGUGGGCAUGCUGUUUACAACAACUCUCUCUACUACCACAAAGCAGGCUACAACACCAUAGUGAGAUUUGAAUUUGGCAGAGAAACAUCUGAAACUCUGAAGAUUGAAAAUGCUUUGUAUUUUGAUAGAAAAUACCUCUUUACAAAUUCCAAGACUUACUUCAACUUAGCUGUAGAUGAAAAGGGCCUUUGGAUUAUCUAUGCUUCAAGUGUGGAUGGCUCGAGCAUCCUUGUAGCGAAACUGGAUGAAAGGACAUUCUCUGUGGUGCAACAUGUCAACACCACGUACCCCAAAUCCAAGGCCGGCAAUGCCUUCAUUGCCCAAGGGAUCCUCUAUGUCACAGACACCAAAGAUAUGAGUAUAACAUUUGCCUUUGAUUUGUUAGGAGGGAAACAGAUCAAUGCAAACUUCAAUUUACGAACUUCCCAGUCUGUUCUUGCCAUGUUAUCAUACAAUAUGAGAGACCAGCAUUUAUAUUCUUGGGAGGAUGGCCAUUUAAUGCUUUACCCUGUGAAGUUUUUGCGAGGUACUUUAAACCAAUGAUGUGACACCGUUCCCAAUGAUAAAUUUCAGAUGUUCUCUGGGACCAUUUCUAUCCCAGCAGAAAACUGUCUUUAAGGUUAGCCAGGUACUUAGAAUAUAAUCUUAUGACGUGAGUGUUUAUAUGGACAGUGGACCCCUUUAAAUUCAGAUUCCUUAGUGGAAAUGAGCAAUGGAUUGAAAGUCAGCAUGGCUGAAGUUUGGUAAUUCCUCCACAAACCAGCGGAGCAAGUCACUUCUCCCUCUUUGGGCCUGUUUCCCCAUUGGUCAUAUGAAAGGGCUGGCUGAGAUGACUGCUAAGAUUUCCUCUACCUGUAGGAAAUUCUGUGAUUCUUGGCUGUUACUGCUCUCACAACUUCUAUGCAUCUGUUUUGUAUGUUUGUUUUUUAACCACAUGCAAGUUUACCCUUAAGUUGAUAAGCCUAGUUGCUUAAGCAAUGAAUUCCUUAGUAUUGACUUAAUAUUGGUUCCUUGGGAAAUUGCAUUGAGCCUUUAAGGCUGCUAAGAUACCAUAUUGUCCACAAUUUACUUUUCUCUGCACCUGCCACCACAGCACCUGAAUGUCCAUUAUCCUCAGCUCCUGAUCACAGUUCCAAGAUUAGCAAAAGCCAGGAACAGCUGCCUGCUCAGGUUUCUUGAUGAAACAGAAUCAGGUCCUUCCAGGUUCUUAUGAAUUUCUGAUCAUGUUGAUUUUCGGCUGUAGAUCAUAAGCAUUGAAUCCCCCAUGUCACAGUGGCUGUUUCUACCACAGCUAUGGAUUAGAGUACUAAAUAAUGUAUGAGUGAACUUUAACCUGGCUAGAACCAUGGGAUACACUUUGCAUCUUUAAGAGAGGCACUAUUUGUGGUUACUAUCUACAACGGGGCUCUGCCAACUAUGGCCCUUGGGCCAAAGCCAACUCACCUCCCGUUUUUAAUACAGAAAGUGUUACUGGAACACAGCCACAUGUAUUUAUGCACUGUAGUAG